AAAAAGGACGACGAAAGAUAAGAAUGGAGAAAGCUGUGAAGCUGUACAAGGAAUUGAUCAAGUAUUCUGAGACUAGUAGUGCCGCUAUCUGCAGAGGUAGCAAUGCAGGGCCUGUUGUAGUGAACACUGUUCAAGCACAGAGAGACCUGGAGCGGGCAGAGAAAGUCAAGUUCUCCAAGACAUAUUGUGUGGAUGUACAAGAAAAUCAAAAGUUUAAAGUUGUGUAUAGAUCAAGUCCACAGGAAUUGAAUAAUGAAUUGUGGAACAAGGAAUCAAAAUCAGGGAAGUAUCGGGCAAUUGUGCGGAAAGUUCUUGACAAGAAGAAGGAAGAAAAACAGUAUUUAGAGAUAUGGAAUGGCAGUACCAAGUUGGAGAAUUUUGAUGUUCUGGCCUCAGAGAAACAUGGAAAGAUAUAUGACAAUGAUGGAUAUUUUGGGUGUCUGGAGUGGACGGCACAGGAAGACAGGUUGAUGUAUACUGCAGAGAAGAAAUAUAAGAAAGCUGUGUCGUAUUUCGCGAAACCCAGUGAGGACAAAGAAACACAAGAUAAAACAGAACCAGGAGAGGAAUAUGUAUAUAGAGAGGAAUGGGGAGAAGGCCUUGUUGGUAAACAUCAGUCUGUUUUGUGUAUACUGACCAUUGCCACAGGAGACAUAGAAGUGGUUGACAGCACACCUGAAAAUGUCUGUAUAGGACAGGCCAAGUGGUUACCAGAAGAUUCAGGUGUUGUUUUCACUGGUUGGCAGCAUGAACCUUACAGACUCGGAUUGAUAUACUGUCCCAUAAGAAAGAGCACAAUCUUUCAUCUGAAUCUGGAGACUAAACAAUGUGAGAAAAUGUCAGUGGAAGGAUUAUCAUCAAGGUGUUCUAGGAUAUCACUUGAUGGCAGCACAAUGAUAUUCCUGCAGAACAAUUCCGGUGGUCCACACAAACAGUGCUCCGCUCUCAUCAAGUAUGAUUUGAAGAGUAAAAUUUCAAGUACACUUGUGGAGAAAGUCAAAUAUGCAGCAGGUGAGGACUUCCCUGGGGUGUAUACUGUUGGGCUACCAGACACCUGCUGGAGUAGUGAUAGUGUCAGGGUUGUGAUCAACUCCAUGUGGAGGUCCAGGGACGUUAUUCUAGUCAUCAACGCUAGUACAAAAACUGUUACCAGGCUACCAGCUUACAGUGACUGCUGUAUGACUGCAUUGUGUAUAGACAGAGAUAUUAUUGUAGCUGAAUGUUCGUCACCAACACGACCAAAUUUCCUGGUUAUUGGUUGUCUUCCUGCAGCAGGGAAGGAGUCUGAGAUUAAGUGGAUAACUCUUGAUGAUUCGCCAACACAGAUAGAAAAUAUAUCAUGGAAGGUUAUAGGUCACCAGCCAACUCCAGACAGGGUCAAUAAAGAUUAUCCAAAUCUGACAUACGAAAGUAUUCUGGUUUCUCCAACAAAUGUGGAGCCAGGUUCAGCAAAGAAUCUACUCGUCUUUCCACAUGGUGGACCACAUGCUGGUUUUACCUCAGCCUUCAUGUUAUAUACCUCAUUUCUAUGCAAGCUUGGAUAUUCUAGUCUGAUGGUAAAUUACCGAGGGUCAUGCGGGUAUGGUAAUGACAGUAUCUUCAGUUUACCAGGUAAAUGUGGGAACCAGGAUGUUAAAGAUGUACAGAAUGCAGCACUAGAGGUUAUAGAUAAAGAAGGUUACGACAAGGAUCGAGUAUUUGUGUCGGGUGGAUCACAUGGUGGUUUUCUAACCUGUCACCUGGUUGGACAGUUCCCUGAUUUUUAUAAGGCAGCAGUUUGUAGAAAUCCUGUGAUAAAUAUUGCCACAAUGACUGGCAGCUCAGAUAUACCUGACUGGUGUAAUGUAGAGGCUGGCCUUGACUUUGAUUUCACAACAGUCCCAAGUGAGAAGUCGAUGACUGCCAUGUGGAAAUGUUCACCAUUACAAUACGUUGAUCAGAUUGAAACCCCAGUGAUGAUAAUGAUUGGAACAGAUGAUAAACGGUGUCCACCAAAACAAAGUUAUGAGCUCUACAAGGCUCUGAAAGCCAGGAAUAAACCUGUAAGAUAUAUUGCCUAUCCAGACAAUGGACACCCGAUAGUGAAAGUGGACUCAGAAGCUGAUGCCUGUAUUAAUAUAUAUAAAUGGUUUAGUGAACACCAACCUUAAUGUCGCAUCAAUGUUACAAAAUAUAUGCUGUAAUAUUGGUGGAUGUAGUUUGAAAUGUGCAGGACACCGAAACCUCAUAAACAGAGACAUACCUUUUUCCUGAAAAUAAACAGAUAAAACUCGUGUACUAUAGAUGGGUAGUAAUAGCAAUGGUUUUAUUUUUUGUUGAUAUAUAUGGGUUACAUGCCACUCACAUAUACAAAAUAUUUCUGAAAAUUAAUCUGAAUCAUGUCCUAAAAUACAUGUACAAACACUCAUGUUUCGCGAAUUCUUAACACUGGAUCCAAGUUCAUAAAGUUUACAUGGAAAUUACCCAAGCGCCAGUAUUAUUCAUUUAAACAGCCUUUAAAAAGUCAGGGGUGUAACUGUUUCAAGUUAUCGCAGUUCAUAACCCAUUUGAGUUAUUGCUUAUACUUUCAUAACUUAAUUGGUUUCAGUUAUCAUAAAAUAUUACAAAGCCCUCCUGUGCCAAUUCCUAAUUUUGAAUGUGACUAAUGCAAUAUUUGUCUGAAUCCAUGAACUUUAUCUUUCCAGCUAUGCAAUAAAUUUUUUUACGCAAAGCAGAUAAAGGUUUACGCAAAAGUUUUAAAGCCAUAAAACUCCUAUCACCCAUUAUUCUUAUCAGGUCAUGGUCAGACUAAAAGAGAAUUUGAUUAACCACAGUUUGCUACUCAUUUUCAAAUUACAAAUUUCACUUUAAAGGUCACUUUGUGAAAACAGCAAAAAGACUUUUUUUGAAUAACUUACCUGAGUUAACUAUAUUUUAUAACUAAUACAGGUUAUAAAAUGCUUAAAAAAGUAACUGAAAUAGGUUAUAUAACUUAAAACAGUUACACCCCUGACUGUUAAAUGAAUUUUGAAAAAGAAAAUAAUCAGGGGUUUUGUUAAGGGAAGGGAGAUUACCUCCUGCUCAAGUGGUCUGAAGGCAUGGCCGAGUUCUUAAUGGAAGGCAUCUUGGAAUUAUCCCUUGCUAUGCAAGUUCCAGUUUUUGCUUAAAUAACUAAUUAAACCCCUUGAUUAUUAAAAAUUGCUUACACAGAAUACAAUGAUUCUAUGUAUGCAGAGCACAGUGAGUAAUUAUUAUUGUAUAGAAAAAAAAAUUCUGGUUGUGAUAACAAAAUCAAAUUUAAUUCAAAACUUGAAAGUUCAUUUCCAAAUGAACUGAAAUGUUAAUCCAGGUUGUUAGUUUAUCACCUUUGACCUUGUCAUUUUCAAUGAUUGUGGGCCUUAAUUGCUUACCACAGUUUUACCACUCUCUGUGGUGGCCUCUGACUCCGAAUAAAAUGAUCAAAUAAUAUGCUAAUUAGAUAAUAUUUUAAGCUACAUUGUGUGAAUCAAUAAACAGUUCUGGUAUAUACAAUUACUUAACAUUUUUCUGUACAAUAUGGCAAUAUUUGGACAGCUACCCAUUAAAAAAAACAUUUUGAAAGCACUGAUCAGUGAGUCCUAGAUGAUUUCAGGAUGGGUACAAGAACAAUUUGUAUAAGAAAUUAUUACAGAAAUAUUUUGAUUCUAUUUUUGUUUUUCUCUAAAUAUACAGAUUGACAUGUUUACAUAUCUAUUUAAGAUGAAGGAAAUGACUGAUAAUGAAAAUAUAUUCAGAUCAGGUAUUCUGAUCAGGUAUUCAUUGACGACGAAUAAUUUGAUGUAAUUUGUUCUUUAGUUAACAUAGGAUUUUGUACCAACGUUGCAUCAUUCAAUAUAGAACAAAUUGUAUCCAUUGCUGCACAGAUAUGUUUUUCAAGGAAAAAUCACUAAUUGGAAAAGGAAAGUAGGUCUAGGAUAACAAAUUUGUGUUCAUCCAGUGAGCUCGGUAGGGGAAACUAGAUAGUCAGUCUCAGAGGUGUGGCUUUUGUCUUAAAUAGUCAUUUCCCUGGGGAAACCAGUUGUUUUUUGCAAGUAUUUGACAGAUGACAUUAUAUUUUUUUUGUUUUUCUAUUGUCAUUUCUUCUGGGGAAGUUGCAAUUUCUUGAACAAAGUAUAAGAACUCUGGAAUGUGUAUUGAUCCCCGAUCAUUAUUAGUAAGACACUGCUCAAAAAUGGCGAUAAAAAGUAACACAAACAGAACAUAUGUCGCAUUUUCUUUUGUAUGCAUUCCAAACAGAGGUACAUUUAAAAGGCACUUUGGUGUAGUCUAGCAUUUUAUAUAUAUUGUAUAUUGUUUAAGUGAAGAGACUUUCAUAUUAAAUUGCAUCAGAAUGA